UGACCAUGCUUUGGUUUCCCUUGAUACUACGCUUCGCCUUCGCCAAGCAUAUCCGAUUAAGGGCAUAAUCGUAAAUGAAAACUUAAAAGGGCAAUCUAAAUUUCCCUGACCAAACCAAACCGCUGCAUCUGUCUGUCCCAUACAAGAAAGAAGAAAAACUUUCCUCUUCUCUUCUUCCAUCUCUUUUUUCCUGUCUUUGGAUUCAAUUUCAAUCAACAAAAUCCAAGAUGAUGCACAUGACCUUAUAUUGGGGAAAAGACGUAACUCUCCUCAUCGAUUACUGGAAAACCGAUUCAUGGCUGAGUUACCUCCUCACUCUACUCGCUUGUUUCCUCUUCGCUUCCUUUUACCAGUACAUGGAAGAUCGGCGCCUCCGUUUCAGAUCCAUAGCUUUCUCCAACUCAUCCCAGCCUUCCUCCAACGUAGCCGCCGAUCCUCUCCUCCCCAAAUACCGCUGCUCCUCUAAAUUAGCGAUGGCCGUGCUCUUCGGAAUCAAUUCGGCAAUCGGAUAUCUCCUGAUGUUGGCUAUCAUGUCGUUCAACGUAGGCGUUUUCUUGGCCAUCGUUUUGGGACUUGCUGUUGGGUACUUGUUGUUUAGGUGCACCGAUGAGGAUACCGUGGUGGUCGAGAACGUAUGCGCUUGCGCUUGACGCUAUGUUUUUUAAAAUUUUCUUUUACUUGUUAGUGUACUAGAAUUUCCUGUACGUAUCAUCAAUACUUUUUUUUUGUUGAAUUAUAUGAUUUUCUUUGCGCUUGUGAAAUUAA